CACCCGGUCCGCUCAGCUGUGCGUCACAUGUUGAUAGAACAUUGGCCCAUUUUUUUCACUUUGUAAUUGUUUUAUUUAAUCAGUUUAUUCGUCAUUUAUUGUAUAAAUCCUUUAUGUUGAAAAUAUUAUGCGUAAGCAUAGUGCAACAUACAAUAUUAUCAUUAUUUGUGAAGUUGAAAAAAGUUAUCAAGUGAAGAGAGCGUCGUGACAAAUGCCAACGCACGUUCCUACCGCAACAGUGAAAACGCUGUAGGUGGUAACAGAUUGUUGGUAAAAAGUGAUUCUUAUUCUUUCAGAAAUUUCACUGAUUUAUAUUUGACAAAAAUAAAACUACAAUAUUUAAGUGCUUUUGUUGGUGUGACUCGUAAACAAAAUGUCGAAAAAAGUGCAGACGUUAUCACGCAAGGAAAAUAUAGAAACAAUAAUCCAAGCAAUAAUACUAUAGCGUUGUGUUUUUAUAAGAAGAAAUAAGACUUGUAGUAAAUUGUAAUAAUUUUAGUGAAUAUUUAUUGGAAAAAAGUGUCAAUAAUGUCGACCGGAAAGAGAUUAGCCAAGCGUAGCAUCAUUGGUACGAGGGUAUGCGCUCCAGGAAGUGAUGGGAAAUAUUACAGUGGUGUUAUUCAUGCUGUAAAGACACCGGCAUCGGCCUCGCCGGAAUCUGGCCUUCGAAUAACCCCUAAAACUCGUUAUUCAGUACAUUUUGACCCUCUACCUGGAGAUUGCCGGCCGCCAAGCCCUAGCACUGAGUAUGCAGAUCGUGAUCUCAUCGGGCCGGGCUUCGGUUCUGUCACUAAUGCGCGUCUCGUACCUGGACAGAAAGUAUACCUGACUUAUAAUGGUAGAGAAAUCCAUGCCGAAGUAACUCAGCACAAGGAGCACCUUGAAGAAGUUGAAGUUGCCAUUGGUGGACAAGAACAACCAUUAAAAAUAACAAAACGCAUCGACGAAAUCCGACUUUUGGAGUCACGAAAAAGCGCCAGAUUAGCUGAUCAAGAUACCGAUUUUGCUCGAUUAGCAGACAUGGCAGGAGAUCGAAAACGUGCUUCGUCUCAUUCUAUAGAUGUGCCACAUGUUCCUGGAUCAAGGAAACGUCGACCAAGUUCGGGUAAUGAUUCAGACCGUUUAUACCCAAAUGGCUGGCUAGUAGAUGGUAAUAUAAAAUUUGGACAUGGACAUGGAUGUGGACGUGAAGGAUGUCGCACAAAUGAACGUGGUGACUGCAUGGACGAGUGUACAGCCGCCCUCGUCUUGAUGUCAUUGUCAUGUUCACCACAUAGUCCUCACCAUUCCUUUCAGCCAGCUCACUGCCAAUCCAACAACAGUAACAAUAGCAUUAGGAACAAUAUCAACACUAGCAACUAUCGAGGAGAUACCGUCAUCGUGGGAUCUCCUGGAGCCAGUGGUACAUCGAAUAGUAGCAGCAGCUGUGAUGCAUCUUGGCGCACUGGAACCCCUUCACCGCCAUUAAGUGAUGAGGGUGCGCCUUCACAGGCAACAGCAUGGCCAAAUUCUCGUAAUGCUAGGAGUAGCAGUGCUAACACUACUCCAACCUUCCAGAAUCAACAUACUUUUGUGUUUAAUCUGUCCGGAUCAUCGGGAAGCACUCCCAAUUCUGAUGAAGGCAUUGUAACUGAUUACCUUGAGGAAAUGCACCCUAGAAAAAAGAAGAGAGAACACAAAAAUCAACCUGAAGAGCGUCCGAAAGACUAUAGCAAGACUGGAUAUGAUUUUGAAAAAUGUAUUUCGCCCGUUUCUACGAUGGUGUUUAAAUGUACGUGGCCUGGAUGCACUGAAAUUAGAACCACUUGUCCUCUUAUUGAGAAACAUGUUCGGCAAUCACAUCUUGGGCCCAAAAAAUCAAAAACAUGUGACAAAGACGAUGAUUUUGACAUGUCUGAUCAUGAAGAAGAAUUCUACUAUCAAGAAGUGGCAAUUAAUCACAUGAGUUCACCUCCCACUAUGUCUCAUAGAGACAUGGCAAGGCCACCCCAUGAAGAUCCAGAAUAUCAAAAACAACUACGAUUAGAGGCUAAUCCAAUACCCACUACUACAACCAUCAAUAAUCACAAUAACAGUAAUGAUAACAAUAACAAUACUAACAAUAGCAACAAUAUAAGCAGCAAUAGCAAUAAUAAUCCUGUACAUCAUAACAACAGUCAUUUGAAUUCCGCUCCUACGGUAAUACAUCCAACUAAAGAAAGGUUGUUUAACUUCAGAGUAUCACCAAUUCGUCCCAGAUCACCGGCAACCCCUAUGAAGACAAUGAAACAUUCUUCACGUCAAUUGAAUCAUCACAAUAUUAAUGUACUAGCUGUGACAACAGCUAUUGGAAAAAUGACAGCUUCUCCAAGAAGGGUAAGAGGUGACACGAAAAAAUGUAGGAAAAUUUAUGGGAUGGAGAAUAGAGAACAAUGGUGCACUCAAUGUAAAUGGAAAAAAGCUUGUGUUCGGUUCGCCGAAUAAAAUAGACUUUCGUCCCGUCCUUAACGUGAACGAAUAGUUUAUUCGUUUUAUCAAUAAUAGUUAAAUUUUUUUUGUUAUAAUUUAUUAAUUUAUUGUUAAAAAAAUGUAUUACGCCAAUUGCCAUUUCAAAGCAAUUUAAGUAUUCUUUGAAUUUUUUACUCGGUUUUUAUUGUAGUUAUAUCAUGAUGUUUAAUCGUGGCAAUCGCCGAGUAUUGAUUACAUGCAAUUUCGUAAAAAUAACGAACAAAACUUAUAUUAACGGAGUAAUAUGUACAACUUGAUAAAAGAAAUAUUAACUAAAAAAAAAUCGUGAUAAAAUUUAUAGUAGGGCUGCAUAUAUUUUUUAAUAAUUACACUCUUGUAAUGCCCUACACGUUGUUAAUAAAAUGAUAUAAAAAUAAAAAAAAAAAUAAAUAAAGAAUCUGAUAUUAGAUAUUUGACGGGACGAAACAUAAUACUAAAAACAUAAUUUUAGACACCAAUGUUUCAUACUGCCAGAGAAAUAAAUGAAAUGUUGAUUAUCAAAAAAAGCGUAAAUGUUAAUCAACAAACAAAUAGAUAAGAAAGAUUAAAACAAUUAAUAAAAUGAAUAAGUAGAAUCAAAUAAUAAUUAUAAUAUUAAUAAUGAUAAUUAACCGCGUAUAUUGAUACGUGAUAAGAAAUUUUUAUUUAACAAAAAUUUAAUGAAUUAUUGCUUUUUAUAUUAUGCACUAAUAUAUAUGGUUUGUUAAUGAUUAUUUUUACUGAAUUUAUCAGUGUACAGAUCUAUAAACAAACAUAUAUAUGUUGUCAUAUAUAUAUAUAUAUUAUAUGAACAAAAUACGUAAACUAUAAGAAUGAUGCGGAAUUUUCCGUAACUUAUAAAUCUAUAUAAAUAAUGAUUUAAUGCGGAUUUACGCGUUCUAAAUUAAAUAUAUACCUGUAUAGAAAUCACCAAUUAACACAGAUAUAUAUUCACGAGAAACACUUAUUUAGUACAAUGAGAAUGAUUAUAUAUUGUUGCAGUUAAUGACAACGAAAGAUAUCGUAUAAUACAAGAGGUAUGAUUUGUCCUAUGCCAGUAGAGUAUUCGUGCCUGAUAAACACAAUAUUUAAACAAAUGAUCAUUAUUUUCUCCUUCUCUCAUCCAUUGAUUAAUUUUUAAUUACACAUGUUUAUUAAUUUUUUUUUUUUUUAAAUUACACUAUGAUUAACAUAAACUAAUAUUUUUCUUGAAUUUACGAAGAUGGCAAAUCAGAAUGUUAUGAAAAACUAAAAUAGUACUGGGAGAUAACUGAAUGUUUUUAUCGAAAAAAAAAAAUAUAUAGCAAGUAAAUACCGUCCACAAUACAUAUAAUAAAAUUAAUCAUAGUUACGAUAUCAAUAUUCACAGUAUCAAUGACAUUGAAAAAUAAAUUGUAUACUUUUUUAAUUAAUAAAUUAGAUUUAUAAAUAUAAUAGGGUAGAAAUAUAUAAACAUACAUUAUUUGUAUUUCAUAAGGAAUUUAACAAAAAAUUAUUGUGGGUGUUGUAAUAAUUUAGUGAAUGCAAUUUGUAGAUAAAUAGGAGAGAGCGAGAAAAAAAGAUUAUAUUAUUGCAUAAUAAUUAUGUGCGAAUAUUAUCAUUUGGCCGGGAUACAUCAUACCACACACGAUCUCAUAUCUAUUUAAAAUAACAAUAAUAAUAAUACUAUUACUAAUAAUAAUAAUAAUUAGAGAUAUUGAAAAUAUUAUUAAUCAUAAUCAUUAUCAUCAUUAUAAGAAAAAAAUUUUAAGAAAGUAGAAAUGAUAGAUAUUGUCAUGAUAAUCGUUUAGGAAAAUUAUUAGCAAUAACUAAGUGAUUGAAUCACUAUAGUAGUGAUGAUAAUAAGAGAAUUUUAAAUAAUUUUAUAUUUUAUCAUAUUACGACAUUAAAAAUUUUAAUCAUGUUUUUUAUUCAAUUAUUUACUUUCAUAUUCGAAAUCAU